CGCUGCUCCCACCCCCUCCCCUUCUCACAGGCUGUCCCCUCCCUGGUGGUGACCGCUGCCCGACCCUCUGCAAGGCGAUGGCCCGGGUCCCAAGCGCGGGCUAGCGAUCCUGGGUGCUCUGCCAUGGGCUAUAUUGGCUCUCGGCGCCCAGCCGGUCAGGCAUUUCUGGGGACCACUACCCGACUGAAGCUCAGGGACAGAGCCGACUGCUCCAGUUAAAAGUGGCUUCGGACCCUGCCUGGGCUGUGGAGUGGAUCGAACUCCCUCGAGGUCUUUCUCUGUCUUCCUUGGGAUCUGCUCGGACUCUCCGAGGCUGGAGCCGGUCCCCUCGUCCUUCUUCCGUAGACAGCCAGGACUUGCCAGAGGUGAAUGUUGGAGACACAGUCGCGAUGCUGCCCAAGUCCCGGAGAGCCCUAACCAUCCAGGAGAUAGCUGCGCUGGCCAGAUCGUCCCUGCAUGGUAUUUCCCAGGUGGUGAAGGACCACGUGACCAAGCCCACAGCCAUGGCCCAGGGCCGCGUGGCUCACCUCAUCGAAUGGAAGGGCUGGAGCAAGCCCAGUGACUCACCUGCAGCUCUGGAAUCAGCCUUUUCCUCCUAUUCAGACCUCAGCGAUGGUGAACAAGAGGCUCGCUUUGCAGCAGGAGUGGCCGAGCAGUUUGCUAUUGCAGAAGCUAAGCUCCGAGCGUGGUCUUCUGUGGACGGCGAUGACUCCACCGAUGACUCCUAUGACGAGGACUUCACUGGGGGAACUGACUCAGACAUUGCUGGGUCUUUGGGGCCCCACCUCCAGGACCUCUUCACAGGUCGUCGGUUCUCCCGGCCCGUGCGCCAGGGCUCUGUGGAGCCUGAGAGCGACUGUUCCCAGACCGUGUCCCCAGAUACCCUGUGCUCUAGUCUGUGCAGCCUGGAGGAUGGCUUGCUGGGCUCCCCAGCCAGGAUGACCUCUCAAAUGUUGGGUGAAGAGCUGCUCCUUGCCAGACUGCCCCCCAGCCGGGAAAGUGCCUUCCGCAGCCUGGGCCCUUUGGAGGCCCAGGACUCACUUUACAGUUCACCGCUCACGGAAUCCUGCCUUUCCCCUACCGACGAGGAGGAGCCUGAUUCGUGCAAGGACUGCCAGCUGCUCUGCCCGCUGCCUGGCGGCAGCUGGGAAAGGCAGCAGCAAGUCUCUGAUGUGGCCUCUUCUGGGGUCGUAUCCUUAGAUGAGGAUGAGGUGGAGCCCGAGGACCAGUGAUCCAGAUAUGCCCGGUGGUGGCAUGUUUUCCCUGGCUGCUGCCCGGGGCAGAGCCUCUGCGGCCAAAGUGUGGGCUCUGGAGCUCCGAGGGCUUCUGGGAGCGCUCACUUCUCCAUUGUGUGUUUUGCAUGAAAGUGUUUGGAGAGGAGGCAGAGGCCAGGCUAGGGGCGCAUGUACUGCUUCCACUCUUGGGGGUUUGCCGGGGCUUGCCCGGGACCCCUGGGGCAUGGCUACAGCUGUGGCAGACAGUGACGUUCAUGUUUCUUGAAUCCAAAAUGCCACAUUUCCUCCUGGGAUGUGAACCUGCGCUGGGAGGGUGGGAAUGGAGGAAGCCUGGCCAUCUCCUCCACCCUUCCUCGUGCCCCUUCUCCUCCGCUUCUCUCUUCACCCAAGUCCACGUGCAGUGCUUGACUGAACCGCCUCCCCCUGUGGGGCUGGCUCGUGGCCUCCUGGAGUCUACGGAUUGAGCCAUCCCCUAAGGGUCCCCUUACCCACCUGGGCCCCGCUGUGCUUCACCUUGCCAUUGUCUCUAAACCUUUUUUUU